AUGACAGAUCACCCGUCGCUUCUCCAGCAACUUGAUGCUGUUUUGGACAGCCUGGUCGCUGACUGGAACAUCUACACCGCCAUCUUUGCCGGCACUAUUGCUGUCUUCUUCGUAUACUCUGUCAUCUCUUCCAAAGAUCCCGAUGUGCACCCAUUUCUUCUGGCCCGCCAAUCUACAGGAUCUCCCAUUCGACAACCAGGUGAAUCCGCCACAUACCGCAGUCUAGAGACACCUCAUGGAUUCCCUCUCCGCCUCGGUUUGAACGUUAAAGACCCGGGUGCGCCUAAAUGGACCGCCGGGCGACGUGGAGAUCUGCGUGACGUCUGGAAGGCUGCUAUGCGCGGAUCCCUAAACCCCGAUGGAACCGUCGCUGGACAACAGGGAAAAAUCUAUACUGUCUUGGGCAAGCAGGCCGUUGAGCACUCGCUGAGCAAGGUCACCCAGGAAAUUAAUGUCAUCGGCCAUUAUCUGCGGAACUCCGACGUUAAGACCGUCGCCAUCUGUCUGACUGACUCCGUUGAACUGCUAGCGGCGAUCUUUGCUGGCGCCUUCUACGGUUUUAUCACGAUCAUUGUGCCUCAUAACCUUCCAGCUGAGACUCUAUCAUCUCACUUGAAUCAUGUUCAAGCCGAUGCUCUGAUUGCCGAAGCCGGUUCCUUUGAUGUCUCUGUGGUCACCAAAGAGAACAAGCAGCUGUCACGCGUUCUCUGGGUUGCAAAGGAUGGCAACCGACACAUGGACUGGCAUGAAGUUCCAGAGGGUGCCAAGGACAACUUGGAAGUCUCUGUCUGGCAUGAGCUUGUGGAAGAGCAACAGGACUUGGCUGGUAUGACAGUCCCUGACUACGACCCUAGUACUCCGGCACCUGCUCUGAGAACCGUUUGGCCGUCAUCCUCGCCGGCAGGCGAGUUCAUUGAAUUCCAAUCUGAGAACCUCGUAUCUGCAAUUGCGGCUUUAAUCUCUGCACUGCCUCGGACCCAACGUUUUACCUCAGAUGAUCUUGUUCUCUCAAUCGACUCUCUUGCCCGGUCAUACCCUUUGUUGCAAGUUAUGAGUGCCUUGUUUUCGAACGCUUCCGUGGCUUUGAACUCUGUUGCUGGCGAGCAGGUCGAUUUUGCAUUAGCUACAGCGGGAGUGUCACCGACGGUCAUCAUCGCAUCAUCACACACCAUGUCUAAUUACCAUGAGCGAAUCAUGCAGCCGCAUACCGGACCCCUCUCAUCUCUUGGACGGUGGAUACAGAGUCGCACUUUGGAAGCUGGAAAUAUGCCAUCAAGGAACUUUUUCAGUCAGCUUGCCCAGAUUGGCCCAACUGCCGAGCUUUCACUAGACAAACUGCGUCUGCUCUGCAUCUCGCAUCGCGUUGAUGGUGAGGCAUCUGCUCGCCUCAGCUCCGAGCAGUUGAGGGAUCUUCGGGUCUUCACCGGAGCUCGCGUGGUCUAUGCAUUGACUGGACCUGGCGUUGCCGGCGCUAUUGCUCAAACCAAUGUAUUUGACUACCGAUGCGUCGCUGGACAGAGCCACUUUGGAUCUCCUCUCAGUAGCACUGAGAUCACUCUCACUGGCAUGUCUGAAGCCAGCGCUUCUGACGGUUUCCCAGAGGGCCAGAUCACUGUCUCUGGCCCUGCUGUUGUAAAUGGCAAGACGACCCUUUCGUCACGGGGCCGCUUCAGCAAUGACAACACCUUGGAGCUGCCUUUUUGA